UCUAGUUUGAUCACCGCGCGCUGUUGACAGUCGGGUUCACGAGAGCUCGUGUUUGGUGGACAUUUAACGGCAUUAAGCGGCAGCGGGCUGUCGUUUUUCAGUUACCGGGUGGUCGGUAUGUGUUUCCGCGGGGUUGUCCGUUUAAACUCAGUCCAUCCUAAGCGCCAGUAAUGUCGCUACGAGCUCGUGAGGGGGCCGUUUGUCAUUCUGACUUAGCUUGGGCUCGCUUAGCCGCCACAGGCUAGUUAAGGCUAGUUAAUUAAGCGAUAUUGUGUCACAACAAUUCAGUGUAAAUCAUCGAAAACGCCACGACGCGCGUCCUGACGCAUCUCACGCCUGCUGUAUUCCACCGGAUUGAAUGAACGCAAAGGAUUAAACGCAGGUGGUGCUGUGAGAACAUUGUGAAGGAUGCAGGAGCUCUGAAAACACACAUGCUUUACCAUGAUGUCCCCUUCACCCUCGUCUCAGCUAUAGGAGAGCUUUAACCCCUCAACACACACACAUCACUACAACUCAAGGUGUGUCAGCGUGCUGUGUUUUCUGAGGGAAGAUGUCAUUGGUCUUCCCCUCCGACGGGAUGGAGGGGGGCGACAUCCUGCCCGCUGACGGUCCAACAAACACCCGUGGUAAAAGCAGCCCAUCUGCACCUGCUAAAGACACCAACACAGACGGCCCAGAACCUGACGAGAACCUUUCACAGGACGCACAGAAACGAUGUCAGAAUCACGGACACACUAGGAAACGAGCCAAGUCUAAUGCGAAGCUGAAGCUGGUGAGAAGUCUGGCAGUAUGUGAGGAGUCCUGCGGUCCGUUUUCAACAGAUGGAUUUCCAGAAUCACAGGACAUUAUUCAGCUUCACAUCAGCUGUCCGUCAGAUAAAGAGGAAGAGAAGUCCUCAAAAGAUGAGUAUGAGAAUGAAGAGCGAGAGAAAAAAGAUAAAACGCCGCGCAAGAUGCUUUCCCGUGACUCUAGUCAGGAAUACACAGAUUCUACAGGCAUUGAUGUGCAUGAGUUUCUGGUCAACACGCUAAAGAACAACCCCAGAGACAGAAUGAUGCUGCUGAAGCUGGAACAAGAUAUACUGGAGUUCAUUAAUGAUGAGAAUAAUCAAUAUAAGAAGUUCCCUCAGAUGACCUCAUAUCACCGCAUGCUCCUGCAUCGAGUCGCCGCCUAUUUCGGGAUGGAUCACAACGUGGACCAGACAGGCAAAGCCGUCAUCAUCAACAAGACCAGCAACACACGCAUACCCGAGCAGAGGUUUUCUGAACAUAUUAAAGACGAGAGGAACGUGGAUUUCCAGAAAAAGUUCAUUCUGAAGCGAGAUGAUGCCAGCAUGGAUAAAGAUGAUAAUCAGAUCCGAGUGCCGCUUCAGGACGGCCGUCGCAGUAAAUCCAUCGAGGAGCGAGAGGAAGAGUACCAGCGUGUCAGAGAUCGCAUUUUUGCACGAGAGUCCUCACAGAACGGAUACAUGAAUGAUAACAGCCGCUGUUUUCUUCAAUGUGACCUCUACAGACUGUCCACUGAAGGCUACUCCUCAUCCUCACAAAAGAGGAGACAGAUAUUUAGGGGUAACAGGGAGAGCUCCAGCCGGGCAUCCAGCAGUCGUCAGAGCAGCACAGAUUCGGACAUGAAGAGUCUGGAGCCGCGGCCGUGGAGCAGCACCGACUCCGACACCUCCAACCGCACGCUGAGGCCUCCGGUCACCAAAGCCAGCAGUUUCAGUGGAAUCUCAAUCCUCACCAGAGGAGACAGUCUGGGCAGUCGAGGGUCACAGGGCAGCACCAGGGGCUCCCGUACAGGUCUUCCCACAGAUGUUUGUGCAGCAGUUCAGCCCCUCCAGCAGAGCCGUGGUCUCCUGCCGUGCCCUCCUAACUGCCCCUCCAGUGUCCCUCAGACUCAAAACCAACCGCCCCCACCACCGCAAACUGCCCUGCUGCCCACCCCGACUCACGCUCACACGCAGCACACUAUCAGCGGACACAAUCAUGUGAUGCCUCAGCCGGUGGCGUCUCUGCAGCCGUCUGCGCAGACCGUGUCUUAUUCCAACCCUUCGUGCCCUCAGGUCAUCCUUCCUGUUUCUCCUUCCCAGCAGUACAACAUGGGAGAUGAGUUGACUCAAGGUUUUGGACAGAUGUCUCUCAGUCGUCAGGGCUCCAGUGAGGCCCCGGAGCCGCCCGGCCUGUACCCGCCUCCGCCUGCCGUGCUAUCCCAGCAUCCCCCACCACAGCCCAGCUACAUCAUGCCCCCUCCACCCACUGGAUAUCAGCCUGCUGCCCCCCACCCGCACCCUCCACCACCCCCACCUCCACCCACGCAGCCAAUACUGCAGACAGCUGCACCUGCGCAGAGCUACAUGCAGCCGCCUCCACCCCCUCAGCAGAUCCAGGUGCAGUAUUAUUCUACAGGUGCACAGUAUCCAAAUUCAGGUCAGCAGUACCGCUCCAUAUCUCAUCAGGUGUCGUACCCUACACAGCGCUCUCAGCCUCUGCCUCCAUCAGCACAGCCCUCAGCUCCUAUGCAGCCUAUGAUGACCAAUCAACAGCCUGCGUACCAGAGCAUGAUGGGAGUUCAGCAGCCACAGAGCAGCAGUAUGAUGAACCCACAGCGUGCGGGAAUGAAUGGACAGAUGCAGGGAAUGAUGGUCCAGUAUCCCCCUAUGCCCUCAUAUCAGGUGCCUGUAGCCAAUGAGAGUCAGACUGUAGUCCAGCCGCAGUAUCAACAGUCAGUGAUGGUUCCCACGGGUCAAUCGGUUCAGGGUGCGAUGCCGACCGCUGCACCCAUGCCUGUCUAUUAUGGCGUCCUGACACCCACACAACAAAACAGCACAAGUCCCUCGGUGGGUUACCUGCAGCCCCCCAGUUCAGACCAGUACCAGAUGAGCCAGUCUGCCUCACCCUGUAGCCCUCAGCCAAUACAACAGCAGUAUUCAGGGGUUCCUCCUCCUGGGCCUGGUGUCAUGGUCAUGCAGCUGAGUGUUCCCAAUGGACCGCAGCAGACCCAGAAUCCUCCACUGGUGCAGUGGAACCCCUGUAAAUACUACAGCAUAGAGCAGAGACCCGGCAAACCUGAGCCACAGCUCAGCAGUCCGCUGGCGUCUCCCACUCAAUCUCCCGCUCCGUCUCCCUCGGGCAGUAUGAAUAAUGUGUGUCCGGGUCUCGGACCGCUGCCUCUCAUCUCUCAGUUCCCUCGACCCGGUGGACCAGCACAAGACGGCCGUUAUUCUUUACUUGGACAACCGCUACAGUACAGUCUGUGUCCUCCACCCAUCAUGCACAACCACAGCCAGUCCUAUAACUCUCAUCAGAGUCAAGGUGGAAUGAAACACGGGGCUCGGGGUAAAAGACAAACACUCAAAUCUGCCUCAACUGAUCUAGGAACUACUGAUGUGGUCGUGAGUCGAGUUUUGGAAGUGACCGAUCUCCCCGAGGGAAUUUCUCGUCCUGAGGCGGAGAAGCUCUUUAACCAGCUUUCACUCUGUGGUGCCAAGAUACAGUGGCUCAAAGAUCCACCGUGUUCCCGCGGCCCCGCGACCUCCUCGUGUCCUGGAGGAGGAAGAGGAGGCGGUGCCAACGACCCUGCCAACCUUUACACCGUAGUGGCCGUGUUUCCCAACACGAUGGCCGCCCAAAGCGCCUCCUUUAAACUCAACAACAGCGGCGGGAGUUUGUUUAAAUUGCGCGCAACAAAAAAGAACUACGACUUACGUGUGCUGGAGAGAGCGAGCUCGCAGUGAGUCCGGAGAGAGACGGAGAUUCGGCUCACGGAGAGAGACAGACUGAGCUGAAGAUGUCAAAGGGAUGAGAUGGUUCUCAUAUUCUUUAGGGAUUUUUAAAUUAUUUUAUGUCAUUACCAAAAGAGCACAUAUAACAGAGACGUGUGGCGUGGUACAUGUAUGAUAUGACACGUACACAGACACAUGCAAACGGAGUCGUGUUAAAGGCACAGUUCACUCAAUACUUCUGCUAUCGUUUACUCGUUCAGAUCUGUGUGAGUUUGGUUUAGAGGAGCUUCUGUGAAUUAUGAAAGUAUUUCUCAUGAAUUAUGUUCAAAUCUACUGGACGUCCUUCAUGAGGUGAAGUAAAUGACAGCAGGAUGAGUGAAGUGUUCCUAUAAUAAACUUGACAAAUCCUCCUCUUCCUCUGCAGCCCUUCAUCUGCAUCUCAUCCGUCUCUCUUUCUCCAGCAGACUCUCUCUGUUUCUCUCUCUCUAUCUCUCUUUCUCUCGCCUGCUCACCUUCUUUCUUCCUCCUUCACUUUCUUUCUUUCAUUUCUUGCUUUCUGUUUAGCCUUAACGCUGUUGUGGACUUCUGUAUUGCGCUCUUUAUCCCCCCCUCGCUCAGAUGAAAACUUCUUUUCUCGGUUCAGUAUAUUUAUAUAAGUGAUGUAAGGAUUAUAAGAAAUGAUCUAUAUAUUCAGUGAUUCUUUUCCCGUGGAUAAGUUGAACUCCUUCCUCGUUGUGUUUGCGUUUUUCUUUGAGCUGUGCAGAAAGUAUCGAGGUAUUUAAAAGUGCACAAUGAUUGCGAAUGUCUACUGUAAAUUCCAUUUAAUCUGUUAUUUUUUGUUUGUUUUUAAGAAUAUAAAAGACAACUAAAAGAUA